UGUUGUUGUCGUUGUUGUGACUGUUGCUGUGUGGCGGCGUCUGUGGCGUGCAGUAAGGUUAUUCAACCCAAGACUAGCACAGCGGCUUCAUCAAGAGCAAAAGAUAUUAUAACCUGACGGCAAUAGAAUGAGCAAUCUACGCAUUUGUAAAGCCAUGUCGUUGCAUCCCAGCGCGAAUAUAAAAGCUGAAAGUCAGCCAGAGCCCAGUUCGAGGAUGUGUUUGAUGGGCUGCGAGGCGAGUGCGACAGAGUUACGUCGAUUUCCAAUACACGAUGUCAUUCGCUGCAACUAUUGGCUGCGCCAUUUCGGAGUGAGCGAGCAACUGGUAAACGAACUUGGUGGCCUGAAGAAGCUGCGCAUCUGCUGCCGACACUUCAGUCAGCGCAAGGCAAUGGCCAAGACGCGCAUCAAGACGACGCCGUUGCGUGGAUCCAAGCACAUAAUCCCAGCAACAACAACUGCAACAACAACAGCAGCAGCAGCAACAUCUGCUAAGCCCAUGGCUGAUAGCACAACGAUAGAGCUGGUCGAUAGUUCCAGCGGGGAUUCCCAAAAGCAACAGACAAUGCAGGAGAAGUCUGUGACUACCAUAACACCUCUUCCACAGCGUUCACACUCCAUUUGCUCGUCGUCUUCCGUCUCGAGCGAUGUGCAGUCCAUAAGCUCGGACUACGAGGCGAGUAUGCCGCUCUCGGCACUCGUGAAUGCACAUGGUCAGAAUGGCACUGGCAAAUCCGCAAAUGGAGUGGCUAAGAAGCGCAAACUGUAUUUGAUAACCGAGAAAUCGGAUGAGAAGAAUGGCAACAGCGGCGUCAAUGGACAAAAGCGCAAAAUGUUUGUAGUCGUCGAACAGGAAAAGGAUACGGCUGCCAAGAAACUGAUGAUUGUCACAGAUAAAUCCAAGGCGAAUAUCACAGAGCAUUUGGAAAAGUUUCUGCCCGAAAUACUCAGCUGCAUUCAGGGCAAGGAACAGGCACAAGCAAAAGCCAAACAUCCAGCUAUCAAACAGGAACCAACACCGACUCCCAUUGCUCACAAACCACACAUCACGUUGCCGCCCAAGAAGAAUCCCACAAACUUUAUCAAAGUGGAAGGAGCACCCGGUGUUGCGCUUCCUGCCAGCGUUUCCAUCUUACCCGUGGACUCCGAGCCCAUCAAACCACCAUCGAUGUCAUCGCCCUCGCCGUCGCCGCCGGAGACUGAAACCAACAUAAAUCUAUCACCAGAUUUCCGUUUCCUUAUGAAGAUAUUGCCCAAACUGGAACAGCUGCCAGAACCGCACAAACAGCACGUGAAGCGUUCCAUACAGAUCUUCGUGGAGGAGAGCUACAGCCAUUAUGGCAAAAAAGGAUUAGCCCCAAAACAAAGCAAACACACACACAAACACAGUUCACUUAUCAUUUUAGUAUUCCUUAGACCUUAGUCUUCGUUAGUCUUUAGCUUCCCGAUUAAGAAAUAAGUUCUUAAAAAUCAUUUCAAAUAUUCGUUGUUUAAGACUGAUGCAAAAGAAACAUAUUUGUAAGGCACCGCAGAGUUGGUGCAACACCCUAGACAUAUAAGGUACAAAUUUUAUAUACUACCUACUAUAUAGAGCCCGAUCAGAGAGGAAAGGCAUAUACUUUUAUAACGUAUUUGUAGCCAUAAAACACAUGAAAUCUGAAUAGAAUAUACGAGAGCUUUUAAGCCAAGAACUGAAUUAAUCAACUGG